CUCGCUCUUUCUCCAGUCUCCAGUGUUCCCCCCCCCCACCCCCCCGUCGCCGCUCUUUCCGCUUUUGUCGCCUUCUCGACGAGGCAGUAAGAUGGCGGCGGGGAGGCCGGGGGAGACGGAAAGCUCUCUGCCUAUUACUUCAGGCGCUUCACACAUUCGAGGUGCAGUCAAGUUCCUGGAAUCAUGUCUUUGAGCUGCGAGCCACUGGUUCCCCCGGAGGGGUCCAGCUUCAUCAGUUGGUGCAGACACACCAGCCGGGGGUUCUUCUUAACGCUUCUCUGUCUCUUCGUGUUAAAUAUCCGGUUAGGUGACUUGCUGUCUGUGAAUGAAGUGAAAGAGUCAGCCAGUACGCCAACAGCCAUUCCAUGCUGGCAAACGGAGCAGUUCGUGGUGGCCAGUGAAUGCACGAAGUGCACGCAGUUCGAGAUGAAAACGCAACCAGCCUGCAUCAGGACUGGAUUCACCAUGAAGAUUAACUGCCCCGAGUCGCAGAAGGAGGAGUACAAAAGCUGCCGCUCGGCCUUGAUGGAGGAGACCCUCUUCUGGCGGUUCGAGGCCACCAUGAUCUCAUUGGCUAUUCUCUUUGCCGCCCUGGUCGUCCUGCGCCAGAGGGCGCUCGACCGCCUCGCCUCUGAGAAGGUCCGCAAGCAGAUCGAGUCCAUCUGAGGCCCACCAGACGGGAGUGUGGGGGUGGGAGAAAUGAACUCCCCCCCCAGGGGGAGUACGCGGCAUGCACAGGGACGUGGAUGUCAGCCGGACUUUGUUGCCUGCCCCUCUCUUCAAAGCCUGACAGACACUGCCAGUGUGGCCUGGGGCACGUCGAACUCGUACCUGCGGAGGAGGCAGUACACUGGGCCAGCGUUAUCAGUCGACUCUGGGCAUCCGGGACUGUGGGCCCAGUACAGGGACAAUGUUAUAUUAACCUACAAUACAAAUCCAGACAAUGCCUCUCUCGGCU